AUGGAUUCUCGCAAAGCUUCGAUAUCUCACGUCAUGAACGAUAACCCUAUCGUUCCCCCUUCACCAGACCGUCGACACAAUCAUCCCCAUCAACAGCAGCAAUCAUCAAAUUCUGGUGCCGGAGGUUUUAGCUUGAGAAAGAUAUUGGUUGAUGACGGUGCGGCUGCUCACAGUCAUCCUCAUCAACACGCGUCGCCUCCGCAGCAUUCCCAGCCAUAUCACCACGGUUCCGCCAAUGCUGGCGGUGAUGGUAGCGUCUACGGUGGUGACUAUUCUGCAGGAACAAGAGGCCAGUCUGAGCUUGAUGAUGUUGGCCACCAAUCAGCAUUAUAA